AUGUUAAGUAGUAGUGGUGGAGGGGAUUCUUAUCAUCAACAGCAACCUAUUGCAACAACAACAACAAAUUAUUCUUCCCCAACAGAAUUUCCAAGUAUUGAUGGAAUAUCUUCAGGAAGGUCAGCUGCCCUAUGUGCACUUUGUAGAAUUGUUUGUUCAAAACAUACAAACGAACAAUUGAGAGAUGAUCAAUUGGCUAGGUUUUUUGCGUUGGCACAUGAAGCUUUAAUUUCGAAUGACAGAAUUCUUCUCAGUUCUUUCAUCUUCUCUAGUGCUGACAAUCUCUUUAAAUUGGCAUUGAAAGGUGUUCAAAUUUUAUUACCAAAUUAUUUGCGUGCAAUAGAGCUUGUACAUAAUGAAUCGCUUCAAAUUUUACUUCAUCCUUCUAUAAGUCAAAUAGAAAUGCGUGCAGCUUGUUUAAGAGCACUUGCUUCAAUAUUACCUUGGCCUUCAUUAUUUGGUUAUGCUAAUAUUCUUGGUAACAACAAUCAAAAUUCUUCAUCUCCCAUUAAUUCUACUUCACAAAAAAUUAAUAAACGUCAAGAAGGUUCAUUUUCUUCAUCUUCAUCAUCUAAUUUAUUGGAAUCAUUUUCUCGUUAUAUUGAUAUUCGUGAACCAAUUCAACGUGUACUUUAUUACUCUCUUCGACAAGAAACGGAUCCUUUUAAUAUUCAAUAUGCACUUGGACUUGCAGCUAUUUUCUGUGUUGAGGUAGCAGAACCUGAAUUGAAAAGAGCAGCAAUGUUGAAAGUUUGGAAGAAUGAAAACAACAACAAAGAAAGAAAGGAUGAAGCUGAACUUUGUAAAGAAACUGUUGAAGCUCCAUUUUCUACUUCUCUUGUUCGAUCAUUUAUAAGUGCAAUUUGUGAUAAUUUAUGUAAACCAUUAUGGGCAAAUGAAACACUUUGUUGUUUGGCAGCAUUUGAUUGUCUAAAUUCUUUUUGUUCUCUUCCACAAUCUGUUUUGUUUUCUAAAGGCGAACUUUCAACCGGCUCUUUAAUUGUAACAUCUCUUUGCCGUUUUAUUGAACAACAAUUAAAAAAACCUCCACCUCUUCAUUCAAAGGAUAUGCAUUCAACUGUUGUCGCGGCUUAUUUUUGUAUGAGUGUGUGGUUUUGUUCAGCUCCUAAACUUGCACGUAUUGAAUCAUGUUUGGAUACUGUUGCAUUUGCUAUUGAAUUGGGAAUGACGGGAGGGCAUAAAUUGACUCCAGAACAAUACAAACCAGCAAGUCAACGUGUUCAUGAUGCAGCGCAAUCUUUAUUACAUUCCUUAUUUUCUACAAAAAUUCCAACAACUAAAACAUCAACUACAAAUUUUGUAAUAAAAAAAUUUUCUUCUUCAAUAAACGAAUUGGUGUUAAUUAAAAAAUUUGGAUUAAAACUUGACAAAUUUGAACAUUUUUUAUUACGUCAACAAAAUGUUUUAAUUUCACUUUAUGAAGCACAAAAUAUUCCAACUUUAUCAAAAGGUCUUCCUUGUGUAAUUGCUAUAUUUCGUACACCAUUUAAUUCUCCAUGGGCAAGUUUGUUUAGACUUAUGCCGAAAGCGCCUCCUAACCGAAAGAAGACAUGCAAGCAGAAUAAUACUGUAGUUGUCAGUCAUCAACAACAUCAACAAUUAAUUAAACAACAAACACAAACAAAUUCCGAAACCUGUAAAAUUCGUGAUAGUGAACAACAACAACCUUCUAGUGACCUUUUAAGUAUACAAACAAAAAAUAUUUCGGAUUGUAAUGGAGGUGGUGGUGGAAAUACUGCAACAAAUACAUCAGUUGCUUCGACUACAAGUAGUGGAGUUUCUUCUUCAGCUCCUCCUCCAAAUAUUACAACAACAACAGCAACAAAACAAUUUAAAAUACCAAAAGAAGCGUUUGAGCCAGAAUGUGAAUACGACAAAAAAUUCCCAAAAUUGGAGCCUGUUCCACCACAAGUUUUGGCAAUACAAUCACAACUUGAACAAGUUCAAGCUCGUUUAGCUGCUGGUAAUGGAGCUCCAAUUGGUGACCGUAAUACUAGAAAUGUUUGGAUUAACAAUUCUUUGGGUCCUUUACUUACAAAACCUCCUGUACCUGAAAGGUUUUUUUGCAAAAUUUUUGAAAUAAAAAUUAAAAAAAUUUUUUUCAGUCCUGUUUCUCAUUGUAAUUCUCUUCGAGUUUUUCUUUAUGAUUUGGGAUUGAUCAAUCGAACAUCUUAUCUUAAUGAACUGACACCUUUGGAUAGCUCAUCAUAUGAUAUUUUCUACGAUUCUCUUUAUACAACAGUAGAUCAACAUCCUGUUCAUUUAACUGAAACUGUUUCUAUUUUUUAUGUAAAAGAAGGACAAAAAUGUAUUGAAGAUAUUUUACAAAAUAAUGUACAAAUUGAUCUAAGGCAAACAAGUGCUGAAUAUUGUCGAUUAUUAAGUGAAUUGGGAAAAGCUUUGGAAAUGAGAGAAAAAAUUCAAAAAAAUGGAGGCACAUUUUCAACAAAUACAUCAACAAAUAAAAAUGAAAAACGAGAAGCUUCUUCUGCUGAAAAUUUUGUAUUUGAUGGUAUUGACUAUUGUUUAAACUGGAAAGAUGACCAUGUUGAUAUUUCUUUUGUAACACCAACUGGACGAACAAUAACAACAAAUGCUUCAACAGUAAAUGGAGCAAAUGGAUCAUCCAAAGCAGCAUCAAGUGUUCGAAGAACUGCAACUUUACGACCUUCUUCUAUUGAUAGUGUUCAACAACAAUUUAAAUCAUUUGCUUCUUCCAACGGCAACCCUUCAAGAAUUAAAGAUACAGGAGGACAUAAUGUAAUGUCAUCUGCACCUACAACAUAUCCACCACAAGCUUCCUCGAUUCAAUCUAAUAAUCGAACAUUAAGUUCUGCUUCAGUUGGAAAUGAAUCCUCCACAGUUAAUUCAACUAAUACAACAGCUACAACAAAUAUUGAACAUUUACAACAACAACAGAAAGCAACUACAAAUUUACAAAAAUGGUCAAAGCGUUCUGCUGAUUUGAGGAUUUUUAUUGUUUGGUUAGAAAGAUUAGAAGAUUUGUCAACCUUUCCAAUUGCUGAAAUGUUUCCAUUUACAACAAAUGAUAUAAACACUCUUAAACAUUCAACAACAACAAUUUUAAAUUCAAAUAUCCAAACACAACAUCAGCAACAACAACAAACAAUAGACCAUUUAGUUUUUUAUAUUUACCCAUUUGAGAGAGGAUUAAGAAGAAUACAAAUUGCUGGUAUUUGGACUAAACAAGGACGUCCUGGACCUUUACAUAAUGGAACUGUUGUAUCUACUAGAUCUUUACCUUUAUUAUUAAAACAAACAAUAUGUAAUGUAGCAAGAAGAAAAGCUGCUGAAAUUGACAAUUAUCAAAUGACUCAUCUAAAAAGAAAACAAGCUAUUGCUGAAUUUGGUCGUCGUUUUGCAACUCGUCAAGAUUAUACUGAAUUUGUUGAACAUUUACUUGAAGAUAAUUCUGCUUCGUUUAGUGGGACUGUGUUUCCUCCAUGAUGUUUUUUGUUGCUGCUACUGGGGGUAAGUUUGUAUUUUAAAAAAAUUUGGUGAAGGGGUAUGCCUUAAACUAUUUUAUUCAAUACUAUCGGACUUCACUUAUGGGUACGUUCUUAUAACCUGAAUAAUCUUACGAUCAAAAAUGUCACCGGGAAGGAGAGCAGCAAUUGAGUGUUGACGUUUUUCUCUUUUUUCCUCCUUUCUUUUAGAACCCAAAAGAUCACUGGAAAGGAGAGCAGCAUUUGACCGUUGACAUUUUGGAUUAGGCCUUUUCUUUCCUGUUCCUUCAAGUUUGUCGGUCAAUCUUUGCCUGUGGCAACGAUUAGUUAACUCUUGAUUUCUUCCUACCUUUGAUUCACAUAAGUGAGGUCCGACUGUAUCUAUUAAUU